CGGACGCGUUAGGUACAGUGUUGAAAGUGGUCGGUUUCCUUGCUUUAAUUUUUUUUCUAAUGAAAUACCAUUAGGCUCUCAUUUCGUGUGACUGAUGAAAAAUUAAAUAUGUUCACAUCAAUCCAUACCAUAUGGGAUUUAUGGUAAUACAGUGAAUCAGUGUUUGUAAGUAAUAGGGAAUAUAAAGUGUUUAAAAUGGCUUCAGCAUGUGAAUACGAGUACCCACAACGACAGCCCUUCAGGACCAAAAUUUUACCUUACGUCGAGGUGGUGGAACAGCCCUCUUCAAAUACGAUUCGUUUUCGUUACGAGUGUGAGAAGCGAUCUACAGGGUGCAUAAUGGGUGUUAACAGUUCACCCAAAGAAAAAACGUACCCAUCAAUAAAAGUGCAUGGCUAUCAAGGUACAGCUGCGAUUCUCAUAUCGUGUGUCACAAAAGAUGAUCCACCUAAGCCACACCCUCACAGCCUUGUAGGAAGAGAUUCUUGUAAAAAUGGUGUAUGUUCCAUGAAAAUGAAUCUUGAUGGCAAUGCCGUGUCCUUUAGCCACCUAGCGAUUCAGUGCGUGAAGAAAAAACAAGUGAGAGUCGCCCUAGAGACCCGAAAACGCGAGAAAGUCGAUCCCUUUGCGACUGGAUUCGAACACAUGGACUUUCCGGACACAAUCGACCUCAAUGCUGUACGACUCUGCUUUCAAGUUUUCAUCCAGGGCUCAGACAGAAAGUUCAGUGUACCUCUCAAGCCUGUAGCAACCACCAUAAUAUAUGACAAGAAAGCCGUGGAGGAACCCGUAAUUCAUAAACUGAGCCAUUGCAGUGCUUCAGUUGCUGGUGGCAUGGAAAUGAUACUUCUCUGUGGAAAAGUCUUGAAGGAUGAUAUUCAAGUUAGGUUCUUUGAGAUGCGAGACAAUUGGCUUUUCUGGGAUAGUUAUGGAGAGUUCUCACCAACGGAUGUUCAUAAGCAGACAGCUAUUGUUUUUAAAACACCCAAAUACUGCAAUCAGGACAUUGCCGAACCGGUCACUGUUCUUGUUCAGCUGAGAAAGAAAUCUGAUGGUACAACAAGCAAAGCUGUUCCCUUUCAGAUGCUUCCAUUGGAUGCUGAUGAUAUGAGUUCGAUUAAGAGAAAAAGGAUAAAAUUUGAUUGCGAACCUAAGUCAUAUUUACUAAAGCAAAUGCAGACCCAGGCUGAGAGGCAAGCUAAUAUGUCGAACCAUGCUCUAUUGUUCAACUUCAUGAAUCCGAAACAUGAAACAAACGGAAGGCCUCUUGGCGGUGAAAUAUUCCCGACACCGUUGUCAAUUUAUCAAGAUCAGGCCUCGGCGCAUCCGGUAAACUUGAGUUAUAACAAUCAGGCCGCUCAAUCAAGUAUGGGUUUUAAUAUUCCCUUUAAUCAACAUCCUCAAAGUGGUAGUCGUUCUCAGUCACGCACUGAGGCACCUGUGCCUAAACCAAGACUUUUAUCUCAAGGGGAAGUUUUAUCUCAAGCUAAACUUAAUUCAGUAGCUCCUCGGCCUCAACCUCGUCGUCGUGUAGAGCCUCCUCCUCCUAAUGUAACAAUGAAUUCUUAUGCGUAUCGGGAACCAAUGUUUUCUAAAUAUCGUGAACAAGAAUCACGUCACUACACAAAUCAUUCUUACAAUCAACAACCUCAAGAAGAUAUGGACCGAGGUGAUCUUUUUGAAUUGAAUGACCUCCCCUGCAACAUCGAUCAGCUGAGCCCUCAGGAUUUAGCCGUUCUUGGCAAUACGAAUUCAGAUAAUAUUUCUGAAUCUCUCUCAGAAAAUCUUUCCAAAGGACUUUCAAUCUCGGAUCAACAAAUACAGGACACACUUCAGAAUAUUCGUGAACUGAAUAAGGAUGUUCAGGCCUAUCAGCAGCAUGGCAACGUUAAUUUUUCGAGGAAUAAUGAAAAUGCAGCUGGAUCAUCCUUUGAUGCCUUUCCGAGACAAGCUUUUGACAAUCACGUGCACCCGGCUCAUGCGGCAGCGGAGUUGUUUUCGUAACAGAAUAACUUUUUGGAUACAAAUGCUGAAGUGUUAUUUAAGGAGUUUUCAAAGCAGCCGGAAAACUACAACUGUGAAGAGACAAAACUGCUUGGACAGUUGGCAACAAUGUUCCCAUUGUAUACCAUGCCUGAAAUGGCUAGAAUAGUUAGUCAGAAAUGCCGAUAAUUUAAGUUUAUCGCCGGAAUAAAUGUAAACUUUGAAGUACAAAAGAUUCUGAAUGCACAUGUGUUGGUAUUUAGUAUCUUAGAGAAUAUUUAUAAAAUUAUUAGCUAUCUUCUUUACUUUAUUUAUUUGAAAAACUAGUUAGAUUAUAAAAACUUUGUAAAUUGUGAUUGGGUUGACGUAAGCUUAUUAUAACUAUCGCGGCAGAAUUUAUUGAUACACCUAUGUUUAGAGAUGAGGCUAAAGUACCUUUAUGGUUAAAUUUGGCAUAAGAUUUUGUCAUUUCGAGUUAUUAACCAAAUUAUAAUAACUCGGGAAAUAAUUAACUUUUUUUUGAAUUUUUGGCCUUAUUUUAAAGGAAAUUCUGCAUAGUAUUUGCCUAAAUUACUAAGAUAGUUUUUGAAAUUUUUCAUAGAUUCUGCCCUAAGGUUACACUAAGCGCAAAAAAAAUUUGCAUAUAAUCAUUAUUUGAAUUUUUGCGAGUUUUUUUUUUGCACCAAGUUUUACUCUAGUAUAGAGUCUAGGAAAAAAAUUCUAAAAAUAUCUAAAUAAUUUUACAAAAUACUAUAGAGAAGUGAAUUUAAAAUAAGCUUAAGAGCUUUUCGAAAUUUUAGGUAUUUUCAGAGAAUUAUUUCUUGAGACCACACAGGAAAAAAGAAUCGAUUGAAUGAAAAAUACUUCAAUCAGAGAAUUUAGGAAUGCCGAUUCACGCGAAUUGUAAUCUAUCGGUUUGGGAAAGUUGCAAUCGAGAAAUUUGGUGCGAUAGAAUGUUUAACCUCUUUUUUUUAGAUAAAUUAUAUUCUUGAACGAAAAUGUAUUAUUUAAAUAAUUGUAAAAGGAUUGAAACAAAUUACGCUAUUCUUAUGAUUGUUUUAAAAACUCAUAACGUCUAUAAAAAAAACGUUCAUUUCGCGAUUUCCCUAAGAAAAUAAUGUUUAAACAAAUUUAACUUAUUUUUACAAUUGGAAAUUUGUUAAAAAUUGACCGGGUGUUCUUAAUGACCGACUAAUGAUUAUUUAUUACAAAAGGAUUUUAAAAAGUGUUCAUAAAUCGCAGUAUUACGUAAAAUUAGUCAUUUCUGGGUUUUUCAUUAGGGACAUUUAGGAGUCACCUCAACAUUUAUGAUUCUUAUUCUCUGACAAAUUCUAAGGAAUAUACUGAAAUACGGAAUUAUUUUUACAUAUUAUCGCGUUUAAAUAUUAUAUUUACAAGGAGAUGACUUUUCCCCAUUUUAAAUCAAUAGGAAUCCUCAUGGUCUUUGCGCGACCCCAAAAUAUUCACUGAUUCAGUACACCACAUUUUUCUGGGCAUUCCAACAAAUCUGAGGGGUGAGAGUGGAGAAAUUAAAAACAAAAUCACCAAGUAUAAAUAAGACCCAUCCUAAUUACCACCGAUUCAAGCAAAUUUCAUUAAAUUAUUAUUAUUAAAUUUUUUAAUUGAAGCCAUCGGAAUAAAAUUUACCGGCUGAUUUUCUUAUAAUUCAGACAACUCAGCUAGUAAAUGUCAUUUCGAUUAGAAAAAGAAACUGAAAAAUAGUUCAGCGAGAUUUUUCUGAAUUGGUAUUUUCUGGUUCAAAUAAUGUUCAUUCAAUCGAUUCUCAUUUGCUGUUUAAGCAACGACGAUUAGUUAUUAAUCACAGCAAUGAUAUUUAAUAGUCCAAAAAUUAGAUGGUAAGAAUAUUUAGGAUUAGCGAUCAGAUUGAGUAAGCUUGAUUACACUACUAAUUCUGCAAGUCUGAUCAACGAAUUGUUAUAGAUUAUCACUGAUAAGCCACAGCAAUGAUAUUUAUAUAAUACUGACUUUUGCACGUUAACUAUUUAGCUUCAGCUGAGUAUCAUAGGUACUUAGUUUUGUUAAUUCGAACAAUUCUAAUUUUUAAGAAAUGUAAGAUUAUACUUACAUCUUGUUCUAAACAAAACUUUAAUCAAAUUAAUUAAUGUUUGAAGUAAUGUCUAUAAUCAAUAAAUAAAACUCUAAUUCUGAAAAAUA